UGUCUUCCCCAAUUCUCACAAAUUCACCAAACCCCAUUAAGAAAAACCCUAGAUUGCCCAUCAAUCCAUUCAAGAUUCAUCCCUUCCCUUAAAACCCAAGUUAUAAUUGAAGAAAUAUUUAAUCUUUUUUUUUUUUUUGCUUUUUAGGGUUUGAAAUGACAGAAAUACUUCAAUCCCCACUUCAGAUAUCUUCUUCUCAAAGCUCUUUGAUGUCAUUAGAUGACAAUGAUGGGCUACUCCAACAAACACAUCAUCAAUUUCCUUCUUCCCUUAUUAACCCUUGUCCCAAUCUGUAUUCGGUACAAGUAUCUGUAUGUAAUCGAUCAAAUACAGAAGAAAGAAUUGGGUUUAGAGAGAGAAGAAAGAGGAGAGAGAGAGAAGAAGAGGCUUCAUUGUUGGAUGUUGUAGUCACUGUUUUUAGGAAAUCACUUGUGGAUACUUGUAAUAGUGUUAAAUUUGAGGACUUUUCUUCUGAUAAUAACUCAAAAUCUUCAAAAAUGGAGAUUGGAGUGCCUACAAAUGUUAGGCAUGUUGCUCAUGUUACGUUUGAUAGGUUUAAUGGGUUUCUUGGUUUGCCUGUUGAGUUUGAACCUGAGGUUCCCAGAAGGCCUCCCAGUGCCAGCACAAGUGUUUUCGGGGUAUCAACCGAAUCUAUGCAGCUCUCAUUUGACUCUAGAGGAAACAGCGUGCCCACGAUCCUUCUAAUGAUGCAAAGGCGUUUGUAUGCUCAAGGAGGCCUUCAGGCUGAAGGAAUCUUUAGAAUCAACGGUGAUAAUGGACAAGAAGAGCAAAUAAGGGAACAACUGAACCGAGGAGAAGUGCCCGAAAACAUUGAUGUACACAGCUUAGCAGGUCUUAUUAAGGCUUGGUUUAGAGAACUGCCAAAUGGGGUAUUGGACACGAUUGAGCCGGAGCAGGUAAUGCAAGCGCAGUCGGAAGAUGAGUGUGCUCGGCUCGUGAGGCUGCUGCCGCCAACAGAAGCUUCGUUGAUGAAUUGGGCCGUGAACCUGAUGGCGGAUGUUGCUCAACUUGAACAUCUCAACAAGAUGAAUGCUCGUAACAUUGCUAUGGUGUUCGCUCCAAAUAUGACUCAGAUGGCGGAUCCUUUGACCGCGCUGAUGUAUGCGGUCCAAGUUAUGAACUUUCUGAAGACUUUGAUCGUCAAGACGCUAAGGGAAAGAGAAGAUCCGAUGGUUGAGCCGGGACCCGCAUCACGAUUUGAUCAUUUUGACGAAAACAACGAACCCCACUGCUCUUUAACAAUCGACGAGACCAAUGAGGUGAACAUGGAGGAUCAAGAUUUUUCAAUCAAAGAACCCACCUUGGAAAAACGAUAUGAAGACACAUUUGAGGAUGAUUUGAACUCUAAACAUCAAAGUCAAACUACUAUGGUUGAAGAAGGUGGUGCUAGGGCGGCUGAAGGCGGUACUAGGGUGGUUGAAGCAGCUAAGAGUAGAAAUCCACAGUCGAGCAACUCGAAUCAUAAGAAGGGACUGAGAAAGAAUGUAGAAAAGAGCAAAGGAAGCACGAUUGUGAGCCGUUUAAAUUCAAGAAGUGAGAGGAUUGAAGCGUGGCGGUGAAUGGGUGGCCGGUGGCAGACGGGGGUGGUGGUAUCUAUUUGACCGAUGGUCAGAAAAAGUCAAAGUUUAUACAAUUUGGUUUGGACAUGUGAUUUGGUAUAUGCUAUGCAUACCAAUGGUUUGUUUAUGUUUUAUAUGCAUCUGGGUUGAUCAUA